UUGUUUCUUUUCACACUGGCCUUAAAGAGGAUAUAUUAGAAGUUGAAGUAGGAAGGGAGCCAAAGAGGCCGAUGGCGCAAAGGUACGACGAUCUACCCCAUUACGGGGGCAUGGAUGGAGUAGGCAUCCCCUCCACGAUGUAUGGGGACCCACAUGCAGCCCGGUCCAUGCAGCCGGUCCACCACCUGAACCACGGGCCUCCUCUGCACUCGCAUCAGUACCCGCACACAGCUCACACCAACGCCAUGGCCCCCAGCAUGGGCUCCUCAGUCAAUGACGCUUUAAAGAGAGAUAAAGAUGCCAUUUAUGGACACCCCCUCUUCCCUCUCUUAGCACUGAUUUUUGAGAAAUGUGAAUUAGCUACUUGUACCCCCCGCGAGCCGGGGGUGGCGGGCGGGGACGUCUGCUCGUCAGAGUCAUUCAAUGAAGAUAUAGCCGUGUUCGCCAAACAGAUUCGCGCAGAAAAACCUCUAUUUUCUUCUAAUCCAGAACUGGAUAACUUGAUGAUUCAAGCCAUACAAGUAUUAAGGUUUCAUCUGUUGGAAUUAGAGAAGGUACACGAAUUAUGUGACAAUUUCUGCCACCGGUAUAUUAGCUGUUUGAAAGGGAAAAUGCCUAUCGAUUUGGUGAUAGACGAUAGAGAAGGAGGAUCAAAAUCAGACAGUGAAGAUAUAACAAGAUCAGCCAAUCUAACUGACCAGCCCUCUUGGAACAGAGAUCAUGAUGACACAGCAUCUACCCGUUCAGGAGGAACCCCAGGCCCUUCCAGUGGUGGCCACACGUCACACAGUGGGGAUAACAGCAGUGAGCAAGGUGAUGGCUUGGACAACAGUGUAGCUUCCCCCAGCACAGGUGACGAUGAUGACCCUGAUAAGGACAAAAAGCGUCACAAAAAGCGUGGCAUCUUUCCCAAAGUAGCCACAAAUAUCAUGAGGGCGUGGCUGUUCCAGCAUCUAACACACCCUUAUCCUUCUGAAGAACAGAAAAAGCAGUUGGCACAAGACACGGGACUCACCAUACUUCAAGUCAACAAUUGGUUUAUUAAUGCCCGGAGAAGAAUAGUGCAGCCCAUGAUAGACCAGUCCAACCGAGCAGGCAAGUCCCCCAUAGUGACUGUAUUCAAGUCACGCAAGCGAAAACCAUCCUCAAGCCAUUCACCGGGAGGUCCGCUACCUGUAAGUCAAGGAACACCUUAUAACCCUGACGGACAGCCAAUGGGAGGUUUUGUAAUGGACGGUCAGCAACACAUGGGAAUCAGAGCGCCAGGGCUGCAAAGUAUGCCAGGGGACUAUGUAGCCCGGGGUGGUCCAAUGGGUGUGAGUAUGGGACAGCCAAGUUAUACCCAACCCCAGAUGCCCCCCCAUCCUGCUCAGCUGCGUCAUGGGCCCCCCAUGCAUACGUACAUUCCUGGACACCCUCACCACCCAACAGUGAUGAUGCAUGGAGGACCGCCCCACCCUGGAAUGCCAAUGUCAGCAUCAAGCCCCACGGUUCUUAAUACAGGAGACCCAACAAUGAGUGGACAAGUCAUGGACAUUCAUGCUCAGUAGCUUAAGGGAAUAAGCAUUGUCUGCAAUGGUGACUGAUUUCAAAUCAUGUUUUUUCUGCAAUGACUGUGGAGUUCCAUUCUUGGCAUCUACUUUGGACCAAGGAGCAUCCCUAAUUCUUCAUAGGGACUCUUAAAAAGCAGGAAAUACCAACUGAAGUCAAUUUGGGGGACAUGCUAAAUAACUAUAUAAGACAUUAAGAGAACAAAGAGUGAAAUAUUGUAAAUGCUAUUAUACUGUUAUCCAUAUUACGUUGUUUCUUAUAGAUUUUUUAAAAAAAAUGUGAAAUUUUUCCACACUAUGUGUGUUGUUUCCAUAGCUCUUCACUUCCUCCAGAAGCCUCCUUACAUUAAAAAGCCUUACAGUUAUCCUGCAAGGGACAGGAAGGUCUGAUUUGCAGGAUUUUUAGAGCAUUAAAAUAACUAUCAGGCAGAAGAAUCUUUCUUCUCGCCUAGGAUUUCAGCCAUGCGCGCCCUCUCUCUUUCUCUCUCUUUUCCUCUCUCUCCCUCUCUCUAGCCUGGGGCUUGAAUUUGCAUGUCUAAUUCAUUUACUCACCAUAUUUGAAUUGGCCUGAACAGAUGUAAAUCGGGAAGGAUGGGAAAAACUGCAGUCAUCAACAAUGAUUAAUCAGCUGUUGCAGGCAGUGUCUUAAGGAGACUGGUAGGAGGAGGCAUGGAAACCAAAAGGCCGUGUGUUUAGAAGCCUAAUUGUCACAUCAAGCAUCAUUGUCCCCAUGCAACAACCACCACCUUAUACAUCACUUCCUGUUUUAAGCAGCUCAAAAACAUAGACUGAAGAUUUAUUUUUAAUAUGUUGACUUUAUUUCUGAGCAAAGCAUCGGUCAUGUGUGUAUUUUUCCAUAGUCCCACCUUGGAGCAUUUAUG